UAGGAGCAGGGUACAGUUAUUAUCAACUUUAUGAUACAUUUAUAUUAUCAUUGAUAUUUGUUUUUAAAAUGUUCAAGAUUCGUAGAUCCACGAUUUUUCCAUGCAAAACAAAUGAAUUAUUAUUAACCCUAUUCAUCCUCUGGUCUGUGGUUUUUAUUUUCUUUUGGCAAUGGAAGAAUAUACACGAGGACAGUCACUCUUACCAGCGGUGUCAGUAUGGGCAGCAACCAUUUAUUCCAAAAGGAAAUAUAAAGAAGAAAACCUUAGAUUUAACACCAGUUUAUAUUGUAGAAGAGCAUCAUGAAGUAUUACCAUACUGGUUUAGAUCUUCAGAAAGAAAUUUAAUACCAAAACAAGGAAAUGUUUUACUACACAUAGACGGACAUUCUGAUGGUGCGCCUCCACCGGUAUUUGAUAUUAUAUCACUGUUUCAGUAUCCUAGAACAAGAAAGGAAAUUACAGCCAUGAUGCAACAGAACGACGUAUUUAUAGCUCUAGCAGCUCAGGCGGGUUUAAUAUCUCGAUACAUAUGGGUGUGGCCACCAUGGGAAUCUAGUAUGGUUAUGAUGGAAAAUGAUCAUGUUCAGUUCAACAUUCGCAUGGGUUUAGUGAAAGGUUUGUCGCCAGGUGAUAAAUAUCCUGUAUGUGUUUGUCUGGAUUUUAUACAAAAUUUUAGGAAUAUGACCAAUUAUUGUGUACAUUUAAAUGAUUUAAUGGAAAUCGAGCACAGUAGAGAGACAGAAAUACCAAGGGAUGCUUGUGAGAUUAAAAGGACCGCUGUUGUAGAACUUGUUAGUGAAGAUAAAGCUUUAGAGCUCUCUAGAUCAGAUAACUGGUUAUCCCCCCUUGACAAUAUAAUAUUAGAUAUCGAUGAAGAUUAUUAUGGAUGUGAAGCCGCCAUUAUGCCUUUGUAUGACGUAGGAAUGACAUCACAGACAGUUGAUGCGCUAUCGGCAAUAAUUCAACUCAUAUUCUGCCCAAGUAACUCUGGCCAAGAAAGUCAAUUCAACAGUUUAUUUUACGAUUUAAUACAACAAAUCAAAUUGGUUAAUCAGCUCAAUAAGCGCAAAGAAGGAAAAGCACUUGAUGGAUUGGGAUUUAAAAAGAAUGCUUCUAAACUUGUAUAUGAAGAUUUCUACGAUACUUUGAAGAAUCCCAUUUUAGAUAAGUCAGUGUGUAAAAAAGUUGAAUACUCAUUGAAGAAAAUUACUCUAAUCCUUAUCAAUUCUCUGUUCAGACUUACUGUUUCUCAACUAACUGCUAUUUCAAAAGUUGGCUUAUGCCUACCAGUUUCACAGAGCACUUACGAAUUUUCACCUGAUAUGGGUAUGCGACUGUGUAUUGGUUUUAAUAGGCCAAAUCGUACCAUGGUAAUAUUUCAUACACCAACUAUGAGUGAAAUUGAGAUUAGAACAGCUAAUAUGGGGAGUCUGUUAAAGAAUGUACCCGCACCGUCUGUAGUUACUGUCUGUCGGUCAAUCCGCGAUGGUUAUACCCCAGUUAAAUAUUUUAGUAAAAUAGAAGAGGAUGUACUCAAUACAUUAUUAAAUACUUAUGAGAAAAUAUCAUUUGAUUCAAUACAUUAUGAUUCUGAUUUAUUAGGUGGUAAACCAGGUUUACCAGCCCGCCAUUUUUUUGCUGAAUAAUAUACUAUUGCCUUUUGCUAGAUAUUUUGGUAGGUAGUUAACAAUUAUAUCGAUAUAUGGGAGGGCUUGUUUUUCAGAAAAGGACUCAUCAACGUGUGUAGCGAUAAUGGGUAUUCAAAUGGCGGGCAGUGCUCAAGAAGAGGGGUGUUACUUGUACGGGUACCUAUGGGAGUACUGGCAUCUUAUAGAAUAUAUUAUGUGAACAGUUAAUUUGAAUAAACAGCUGAAGCAACCUAAACGACUGAAGUUUUUAGCUUUCUUAAAUCUUCAUUUACGGUCUUUAUAUUCCUUUUAUACGCACACAUGAAAUUCUGGAGUAUUCUGCCUCCACAAUUUCCGGUAAACUCUUUAUUCUUCAAAGUUGCUGAGAAUUUAAUCAAAUUCAAUCUGACCAAGUGUGAUCCCGACCUAUCUGACUAAUCGCGCGUUCUAUUUAUUAUUUGCACAAUGUUGGGGAGUUUUAGGACCAUCUUUAAAAAAAAUCAUCCCAUAUUAAUCAAUCAUGGCGUUAUUUCCCUUGAAAUCGAUACGUUUACGUUUAGAAGAAUGUGAUGGCACUGCAGGAGUAUGCUACUCAGGUACAGACGCAAAGACCUUCGUCGUAUAAAUCUUAGAAUUGUCCUACUUAUCCGUAUACUCAAGUCAUCUCAUUAUUCAGAUUAACACAUUAUAUUGCCUU